AUGGCAAAAGCAUUAACCCUUAUUAUGCUAAUCUUCGUGUCUAUGGCUGGUUGGAUGUAUGGUGCAGAUACAGGAUCUAUUGGCGGUAUCACCAACAUGCGAGACUUCCAGAGCAGAUACGCAGACAAAUACGACGCUGCAACUGAUACUUAUUCGUAUACAUCUGCUAGGCAAGGCCUCAUUACGGGUAUUAUUAGUUCUGGUUCUUUUUUCGGAGCACUUUUCUCUUCACCACUGGCAGACAAGGUUGGCAAACGUAUUUCAAUCAUUGUUUGGGCUGUCGUCUACUUGAUAGGUAUUAUUGUGCAGGUUACUACGGGACCGUCAUGGGUACAGCUAAUGGUUGCCAAAAUUUGGACGGGUAUAAGUCUCGGUGGUCUCUCAGUGGUUGCUCCCGGAUAUCAAUCAGAAGUUGCUCCUGCAUCUCUUCGUGGAGCUAUUGUUACGACGUAUCAACUAUUUAUUACAUUAGGCAUCUUCGUUGCUUCGUGCAUUAAUAUGGGCACACACAAUGCACAUAAAUCCGCGCAAUGGCGUAUCCCCAUAGGUAUUAACCUUCUUUGGGGUAUAAUUAUGAUUUUUGGUAUUCUCUAUCUGCCAGAGUCUCCCCGGUACUUAAUCUCAAUUGGCAAGGACGACGAGGCCCUUCGUAUCAUGUCCAGGAACAACGAUCUCCCUGUUGAAGACGAACUGAUACAAGCUGAAUAUCAUAUUAUCAGAUCCGAUUGUGAAGCAGAAUUGGCUGGGGGUCCAGCAAAAUGGAGUGAGAUAUUUGGAGCCGAUAUUCGUUAUCGAACAUUUCUUGGACUUGCUAUUAUGUCACUACAACCUCUCACUGGUGCCAAUUAUUACUUUUUGUACGGAACGCAGGUAUUUAAGGGAACAGGUAUAGAUUCACCUUACUUGGCAGCCUUAAUCUUGGAUGCAGUGAACUUUGUCUGUACCAUUCCUGCUCCUUGGGUGCUUGAAUAUCUUGGACGACGUUGGCCUUUAAUCAUUGGUGGAGUGUGGCAAGCAUGCUGUUUCUUCAUCUAUGCUUCCGUCGGUGAUCGUGCACUUUACCGUAAGGAUGGAUCAUCAAAUCAUCGCGCCGGAGCCGUAAUGAUUGUAUUUUCAUGCAUAUACAUCGUUGCGUAUGCACAGACGUGGGCACCCGCUGCGUAUGUUAUUGUAGGCGAAUCAUAUCCAGUGCGAUUCCGGUCAAAAUGUUCUGCCUUUGCUACUUCUGGUCUUUGGGUUUGGUGUUUCUGCGUCAAUUUCUUCACUCCUUUUAUUUCAAAUGCCAUUAACUUCAAAUAUGGUUAUGUUUUUGGUGGCACUAACAUUUUGGCUGCUAUAGUAGUCUUCUUUUGCACACGAAACGGCUGGUCUUACUUUGGAGGAGAUCAAUACACUGUAUACCUCAGGUCGCAAACCUUGGAUGCCCCGUACAAAGCAUAUUGA